AUGAACGUCCUCGUUGUACUAUUGACCUUCACGACUGCAGUACUGAGUUCACCACCAGCUAAAAAGGGCCACUCAACUUUCAUUCAAACUGAGGAAGAUUAUUACCUAACCGGUCAUGUCAUAGAUCGUCAGAAGGCGUCCAGUGCUUUAUCCUGCGCUCAUCUCUGCUUGAGAAGCCGUCCACUCUGCCGCUCAGUAAAUUACAGGGAAAUAGAAGGAAACAUGAUCUGUGAAUUGAACGAUGACGGAACAGACAGUGCUAAGGCUAACGCGCCGUCCCUUGUACCAAUGCCUGGAUAUGUCUUUGGUCAGAUGCUUGAUCUUACGGUCAGCAAAACCUUUGUUUUCUCAACACUGGGAGCCAGAGGAGAAACUGGGCCGACUAGCACAUUGGGGUAUGUAGGAACACCGUUAGAAGGCCAUGUUACUGUAAGCUAUGGCAUCCAAAUUUGGAGUGUCCCCGAGACCGGAAGCUACGUCAUCGAAGUAUUUGGUGCUUCUGGUGCUAAUGGCACAUAUGUCGAGGAUAAAAGUUCAUGGAGGACCGGUGGUUUAGGAGCCAGAAUGACAGGAACCUUUCAGCUUCAGAAAGGAACUCAGCUUAAAAUACUAGUAGGGCAGGAGGGUAAUCGUACUACGGACCCUCACCUUCGUGAAAGGCCAGGGGGUGGGGGCGGGGGCAGUUUUGUGACUUUCCCUGACGACACUCCACUGAUAAUUGCUGGUGGAGGAGGGGGUGGGGGAAUACCGAGGGAACAAUUUAAAAACGGUGAUCCGGGUCAGUCAACAGAGAAUGGUGGCAGGUGUGGAGGGGCAGGAGGGUAUGGUGGAAAUCUCUGUAAUGCUGACACAGGAAUGGUUGAUCUCCAGAUCCUUGGGGGAGGAGGAGCAGGACUGUUAGGGAACGGAGGAGGAAAACGGGGCUUUUCAGUACGUUUCAUCCACGGUGGAACUGGAGGGAAAUGCCCGGUUUCCCAAGGGGGAUUCGGUGGGGGAGGUUAUGCUUUAAAGGCUGGUGGUGGAGGGGGCGGGUACUCCGGUGGGGGAGUUUUAAGUAGCCCCAACAUUAGGGUGGCAGGGGGAGGGGGUUCGUAUAAUAGCGGCAAAAAUCAACAGAACAUGGCGGGUGUCAACAAAGGUGACGGUAAAGUGAUCAUUACAUUACAGAAUUGA